AUGCUUCGCGAAAUAAACGAUGAUAGUCUAGUAGAUUAUACAUAAAUUAUACCUACGUUUAAUCAUUUAUUUUCAGGAUAUUAUAAUAAUAUAGGUAAUAAUAAUUACAUAUUUAACCUUAUGGAUCAUUUGAGAGAUAUGUAUUCUCUGUUUUUGCAACAUGUAGAUAAAGUUGACAAUGCCGACAAAGGACUUUUACGUUAUAAAUAAAUUAUCACUCCUUUAGAAAUUUAACCUUCUGAAAUAUACUACGCAAAUGAUCCUUAGAAAAUAAUAGUAUAUUAGAAUAGAGUAGAUAUAGAUAUGAGGAAAUUUAUUGAAAGACAAAUAAUUUUUAUGUAGAGAAUGAAUGGUGAAAAUUUUGCUUAACAUUAUUUACCUCAUGAAGAAUUUUACUUUAGGGUAGUUAAGAAUAAAUAGGAAGUAUAUGAUAUUAUUAGUAGAGCUUUUAUGAGAAAAAAGGAAUGGUUUGAACUUCCUCAUGGACUUUAAUUAAAAACUUCAUGGAAUUUACUAUGGACAUGGAGUAAGCCUUAAAUAGAUUUUAAUAAAUUAUUUUUUUUCCAGAAAGUAAAUCAUUUCCCUUUCAAUAAAAAUCUUGUCAGGAAAGAUUUGCUUAAAAAAAAUUUCGAAAGAAUUACUAAACUAGGCCCAAAAGCCUCACAUUUGUUUAAUAUACUUCCUUUAACUUUUGUUUUACCGAAAGAAUAUUGUUCAUUUUCAGAAAAGUUUUUCGAGGAAUAAUUGAAAGAAGGUGACCUUAAUAUAUGGAUAAUGAAGCCUGUAGGUAAAUCUUAAGGAAGAGGUAUUUAAUUAAUAAAUGAUAUUUCUUAAGUAAAUUAUGCUGAACCUAUUGUCGUUUAGAAAUAUAUGAGAGAUCCUUUAUUAUUGGAUGGGUAUAAAUUCGAUAUGAGAAUUUAUGUUUUAGUUACUAAUAUUAAGCCUUUAGAAGUUUGGGUAUAUAAUGAGGGAUUUGCAAGAUUGAGUACUGAGAAAUAUUGUGUUAAUUCCUAAAAUAUAAAAAAUAAUUAAAUGCAUUUGACAAAUUUUUCUAUUUAGAAAAAUUUCUAUGAUGUUAAUAAUGGGAAUAAUUAUAUUGGAGGAACUAAAAUUUCCAUGAAAAUGCUAUAAUAGAAGUUAAAGAUGAAGAAUAUUGAUUGGGGGAAAAUAUGGAAUUAGGUACAUGAGAUUGUUAUUAAGAGUAUUUUAGCUUGUAAUGUUGAUAUUCCUAACAACCCGAAUUGUUUUGAAAUUUUUGGGUAUGAUAUUAUUAUUGAUACGUCUCUAAAAUGCUAUUUAUUAGAAAUUAAUUCAUCUCCUAGCCUUGCCAGAGAAUUUAUUAUUGAUGAUUUGGUUAAAUAGUAAAUGAUUGAUGAUGCUAUUGAUCUUAUUCAACCUAUCUAGUUUGAUAGAUAGAGAUUAUUGGAAGUUUUAGAUAGAAGGAUAAGAGAAGAAUAGGGAAAUAAAA